CCUGCACCAGCCCGAGGGAGGCCCCGCGGCCCGCCGCUCCCAUCCCGCUCCCGGCCUCGGUGCACUGCCAGGAGCUUUGGGCCUCGGUGGGCCGCCAUGGCGUUGCGCGCGGCGGUGCUCGACCUGGACGGGGUCCUGGCGCUGCCCUCGGUGGCCGGCGCGCUGGACCGCACGGAGGAGAUGGCGCUGCCCAGAGGCUUUCUGAGAGAAGCUUUCCAGAGAGGAGGCCAAGAUGGCUCCAGUGCCCGCCUCAUGAGGGGAGAGAUCACAUUUUCCCAGUGGGUGCCACUUAUGGAAGAAGACUGCAGGAAAUGUUCUGAGGACUCAGGAAUCCGCCUCCCUGAGAAUUUCUCUGUAAGUCAGCUCUUUGGCAAGGCGGUUGCAGCAAGAAAGAUCAACUAUCCCAUGCUUCAGGCUGCUCUUGCGCUCAGAAAGAAGGGCUACACCACCUGCGUCCUCACCAACGACUGGCUGGACGACAGUGCUCAGAGGGGCAGCCUGGCCCAGCUGCUGUGUCAGCUGAGGCCGCACUUUGACUUCCUGAUAGAGUCGUGCAGGAUCGGAAUGACCAAGCCUGAUCCUCAGAUCUACAAGUUUGUGCUGGAAACCAUGAAGGCCAGCCCCAGUGAGGUUGUGUUCUUGGAUGACAUCGGGGCUAAUCUGAAGCCGGCCCGUGACUUGGGGAUGGUCACCAUCCUCGUCCGUGACACAGAUACAGCCCUGGCAGAACUGGAGAGAGUAACUGGGGUGCAGCUUCCCCGCGCCACAGCCCCUCUUCUAAUCCCAUGCAGUCUGAGUGAUGUGAGCCAUGGGUAUGUGCCAAUAAAGCCUGGGGUACGUCUGCAUUUUGGAGCUAGGUCUGGACCUGCUGUGUGUCUCUGCCAUGGAUUUCCUGAGAGCUGGUUCUCUUGGCGGUACCAGAUGCCUGCUCUGGCUCAGGCGGGUUUCCGGGUACUAGCUCUGGACAUGAAAGGCUAUGGAGAGUCUUCAGCUCCUCCUGAAAUAGAAGAAUAUUCCAUGGAAGUGUUAUGCCAGGAAAUGGUAACCUUCCUGGAUAAGUUGGGCAUCCCUCAAGCGGUGUUCAUUGGCCAUGACUGGGGAGGCAUGCUGGUGUGGAACAUGGCUCUCUUCUACCCUGAGAGAGUGAGGGCAGUGGCCAGUUUGAAUACUCCCUUCAUACCGGCAAAUCCCAAUGUAUCCCCAAUGGAGAGAAUCAAAGCCAAUCCUGUUUUUGAUUACCAGCUCUACUUCCAAGAACCAGGAGUGGCUGAGGCUGAACUGGAACAGAACCUGAGUCGGACUUUCAAAAGCUUCUUCAGAGCAAGUGAUGACAUGGCUUUUCUCAGCAUGAGCAAAGUCCGUGAAAUGGGAGGACUGUUGGUGAGGGCCCCGGAAGAGCCCAGCCCCAGCAGCAUCGUCACCGAGGAGGACGUCGGGGUCUAUGUGCAGCAGUUCCAGAAGUCCGGUUUCAGAGGUCCCCUGAACUGGUAUCGAAACAUGGAGCUGAACUGGCAGUGGGGCUGCAAAGCUGUGGGAUGGAAGAUCCAGAUUCCAGCCCUGAUGGUAACCGCGGAGAAGGACCCCGUGCUCGUUCCUGAGAUGUCCAAGCAUAUGGAAGACUGGAUCCCCAACCUGAAAAGGGGACACAUUAAGGAGUGUGGACACUGGACACAGAUGGAGAAGCCCACCGAGUUGAAUCAGAUCCUCACUGAGUGGCUGGACACUGAUGCCAGGGACCCACCGGUGGUCUCGAAGCUUUAGGCUGUGGCUCAUGCCGGCCCCCAGCAGGUCUUCAGGCCCUUCUUCUGUUGGGUGCUGCCCUUGGAACCCAGGCAAGGCCUUGCCCAGAGCUCUUACAACCAGCAGCAUCGUCCCAAAGGGCUUUACUCCAGAGUGGUUUUCUUUAAGUGAAGGGAGUCAAAUCUCACAUAACUACAGAUACAGGAAAAGUCCCAUAUGAUUCAUUCUCUAGGUAUAAAGGUGUUACUUUAUCUCUGAGAGUGGUUUAUGUUCUCUAGGGGACAGCAUAAGACAGCCAGGGGCUGAUUUCUCUUUGACUAACCCAGUUCGCAGUUUGGCAGCAAAAUCGGUUAAUUUUGAGGCACAUCUGCUGACGUUGGAGCUCGUUGGUUUAAUAAAGGUACAGCCACAGUG